CGUGUUUGUGUGUUUGAAGGGGUGGAGAUCUGCACAUAUAAAAAUGCGAGCGCAAGGAUUUGAGGACCCUUCUCGCCGAGCACAUCAGACCACAUCAGUCGAGCAUUUGGCUUGAGCUGUUAUUUGGACCUUCUGUAUAGUUCCACCAUGGUGCGCAAAGUGGCAGUGAUUGGCGCAGGCCCGUCGGGCCUGGGGGCAAUCAAGGCUUGCCUGGAGGAAGACUUGCAGCCGACCUGCUUUGAGAGCAGCGACGACCUUGGAGGUUUAUGGAAAUUCAAGGAGGUUUCUGAGCCCAAUCGUGCCAGCAUCUACCGCUCCCUCACCAUCAACAUCUCCAAGGAGAUGAUGUGCUACAGCGACUUCCCCAUCCCGGCCGACUAUCCCAACUACAUGCACCACUCCAAAAUCCUCAACUACUUCCGCAUGUACGCCGAUCACUUCAAACUGCUGCAGCACAUCCGCUUCCAGACUUUGGUGAAGAGUGUCAAACCCAGGCCGGAUUACGCCCGCACGGGCAAGUGGGAGGUGGUGACGGAGAAGCGGGAUGGGAAAGAAGAGACUCAUGUGUUCGACGCUGUCAUCUGUUGCUCGGGGCACUACACUUACCCUAACCUGCCUCUGCAGGACUUCCCGGGCCUGGACACUUUCCAGGGCCGCUACUUCCAUAGCUGGGACUACAAGGGUCCCGAAGACAUGCACGGCAAGCGCUUGGUGGUCAUAGGCAUCGGCAACUCAGGCAGCGACAUCGCCACGGAGAGCAGCAAAUUCGCCGAGCAGGUGUACAUGAGCACUCGGCGCGGAGCUUGGGUGAUCCGCCAAGUGUCGGACGAUGGCCUGCCGGUCGACAUGAAGUACAACACGCGCUUCGUGCACAUCCUGUUCCAACUCUUCCCCAUCAACUUCUUCAACUGGUUCGGCGAGAAGAAGCUCAACGCCAUGUACGACCACACCAUGUACGCCCUCAAGCCCAAACACAGGCUUUUCAGUCAGAUCCCCGUGAUCAACGAUGACCUGCCCUUCAAGAUCCUGUCAGGCUCGGUGAUCAUCAAACCCAACGUGAAGGAAAUUCGCGGCUCCUCCGUGAUCUUUGAGGAUGGCAGCGUCGCAGAGAAGGUGGAUACCAUUGUGUUCGCUACGGGAUACAACUACGACUUCCCGUACUUGCCCCCCAACACUCUGUACAAGUCGGGUCAGAGGGUGGGUCUCUACAAGCACGUGUUCCCUCCCAACAUGGAGCAUCACACCUUGGCCGUGGUGGGCUUCAUCCACGCCCUCGGAGCCAUCAUGCCGCAAGCUGAGAUGCAGGCGCGCUGGGCCAUGCGGGUCUUGAAAGGGCAUAAGAAGCUGCCCUCAAGCCAGGCCAUGGUGAAGGCUGUCGACAAGGACACCAAAAAUAUGGAGAAUAGCUACAUCAUCUCCAGGCAGGCGCCACUGCAGGUGGACUUUGUGACUUACAUGGAUGACCUGGCAGGCGAAAUAGGGGCCAGGCCCAGCCUACUCUGGCUCCUCUUCACCGACUACCCGCUGUUCAAGGAGGUCCUGUGGGGGCCCGUCACCGCCUACCAGUACCGCCUGACUGGGCCCAACAAGUGGGACGGCGCCCGGCGGGCCAUCCUCUCCCAGUUUGAGCGAUUGUACCAACCCUUGAAGACCAGGAAGGUGCAAGAAGCGAACGCGGCGAGCUCGGGCGGCCUGUUCAAACUGAGCCUGGCGCUGGUGGCUGGAGGGGCGGCGGUCUACUACGUGCACGUUCGAGAGCCCGAUCUCUUGCCCGGCCUCAUGUCCAAACUUUUGCCCAAAAAAAUGUGCAUGGUUCAGAAAGUAGCCGUCAUCGGUGCUGGGAUUUCGGGUCUGACCAGCAUCAAAUCUUGUUUGGAAGAAGGUCUGGAGCCCACCUGCUUUGAGAGCGGUCCUGAAAUUGGCGGGCUAUGGAGAUUCAAGGAGGAACCCGAACCCGGGCGGGCCAACAUCUAUGAGUCAGUGGUCAUCAACAGCUCUAAGGAGAGGAUGGCCUACAGUGAUUUCCCACCUCCUGCAGAGCUCCCCAACAACAUGCACCACUCGGAGGUGCUGCUUUACCUGCGACUCUACGCUCAGAACUUCCAGCUACUGCGGCACAUCCGCUUUCAGACCUCCGUAGUGAACGUUAGACAGACUGCGGACUUUGCCGAUACCGGUCGGUGGACGGUAGAGACCGAGGGACGCGACGGCCGCCGGACGAGCGAGCUGUUUGACGCCGUGAUGGUCUGCACGGGACAUUUCACCACACCCCACCUGCCAUUCAAAGACUUUCCAGGUCUAGAGAGCUUCAACGGAAAGUACUUCCACAGCUGGCAGUACCGAAACGCUGAGGGCAUGCAGGGGAAAAAAGUGGUGGUCGUCGGGAUCGGGAGUUCCGGAGGCGACAUUGCGGUGGAUAUCAGCCGGGUUGCUGAAAAGGUGUACCUGAGCUCAAGGAGCGGCGCAUGGGUGGUGAGCCGGGUAGGACCCUGGGGCCUCCCGGUAGACAUGAUGUACGCCUCCCGCGUGGAUAUGAUGCUGCAAAGACUUUUCCCUUCUCUCAGCAGCAGGAAAGCGGAGAAGAUGUUCAACCGGGUUUUUAAUCAUGAGCUCUACGGACUGAAGCCACGACACGGGAUUUUCGAGCAAAACGCCGUGGUGAGUGACGACCUACCGGCUCGGAUCAUCUCCGGUCGCGUUCGUUUGAAGGGGAACGUCAAGGAGUUCCGUGGAUCCACUUUGGUCUUUUCUGACGGCAGCGUUGUAGACCAGGUGGACGUGGUGGUGUUCGCCACGGGGUACAACUACAGUUUCCCCUUCCUACCUCCGACCCUGCAGGAGAAGUCGGGUUACCGCCUGUGCCUCUACAAGCAUGUGUUCCCACCCAGUCUCUCCAGACCCACGCUGGCCGUGGUGGGCUUUAUCCACGGCCUGGGGUCUAUAACACCAUUGGCAGAGAUACAAGCUCGUUGGGCUACCAGAGUUUUCAAAGGUUUAGCACGUUUACCGAGCAAAGAGAGAAUGCUGGAUGAAGUUGCGUCAGAAACAGAAACCAUGCACAAAAGGUACGCCUGCUCCGAGCGAACCCCCAUCCAGGUGGACUACAUGCCAUACAUGGACUCAGUGGCAUCUCAGAUCAGGGUUAAACCAAACGUAGCACUGCUGCUUCUGACCGAUCCCAAAUUGGCGUUCCAGGUGCUGUUUGGACCUUGCACGUCCUAUCAGUACCGACUGAACGGGCCAGGUCGCUGGACCGGGGCUCGCCAGGCAAUCCUCUCUCAGUGGGACCGGGUCGUCUGGCCAUUCAACACAAAAUUGCCACCGAAAGCACUUAAGAUCCGAUUGGUGCCGAGACCAAGGACGCCAUCCAAGUUGAGCAUGGUGCUUUUCUCGAGUGCAGCUCUGCUGUACUGCUUCAUCUACAAUACAAAACAGUCUCUGUCUUGAAACAUUCAAAGUUAGCAUACUGCUAAAUGUUUACAGUCAUACGCUGCUAGACAGUAACUACAUUACCUCAAGCAAGCGCACUUUGUGUGAGGCAACAUAUUUAAAAUAAAAUGUAUAAAAUGAAAA